GGAGAAGCAGAGUCCGGGGGCGAGCGGAGCAGGAGGUAGCGAUACGGCCACGUCGCGACGGUGACUUCCCGCCAUAUCCAUGGCGAUGUCGUAGGCUUCGAGGGACCCUUAGCCUUCUGAGACGCCCCCCUGGUCACUUUCCCUUCCCUGGAUACGGUCCAAAUUGAUCCAAUUCCAUGGCCCAGCUCGCUUCCAGGGUUGCGUGGCCCUCGUCGUCCCUCUAUAAACGUCCCUACCGCCACUCACUUCCCUCCCCUGCCCCUCCUCCUACUCUUCUUCUUCCUCCUCCUUCUCCUCUCAAGCAGAAGCAGCUUCUCCUCGUCGUCUGCGCAGCGCUGCAGUGGACGGCGCCGGUGUCUGUGGAAGUCGAGAAGAGGGCGCUCGAGGCGGUGAUCGUGAAGGAGUCGAUCAUGGCAGGGACUGGCGUGUUCACCGACAUCGUCGACGAGGACCAGGUGUUCAAGUACUACGCCGACGGGGAGUGGAAGAAAUCCGCCUCUGGGAAAGCCGUCUCUAUCGUCAAUCCCACCACCCGGAAAACUCAGUACAAGGUCCAAGCAUGCACACAGGAAGAGGUGAACAAGGUGAUGGAGGUGGCAAAGGCAGCGCAGAAACAGUGGGCGCGGACGCCGCUGUGGAAGCGGGCAGAGCUCCUCCACAAAGCGGCGGCGAUCCUCAAAGAGCACAAGGACCCGAUAGCUGAGUGCCUCGUCAAGGAGAUUGCCAAGCCCGCAAAGGAUGCUGUCACUGAAGUGGUGAGAUCCGGUGAUUUAGUAUCGUACACUGCCGAGGAAGGAGUCAGGAUACUUGCAGAGGGCAAGCUCUUGCUCUCAGAUAGCUUCCCUGGUAAUGAGCGCAGCAAGUACUGCCUCAGUUCCAAGAUCCCUCUUGGGGUUGUAUUGGCCAUCCCUCCUUUCAACUAUCCUGUAAACUUGGCGGUCUCCAAGAUUGCUCCUGCACUAAUCGCCGGCAACUCCUUGGUACUCAAGCCCCCUACUCAGGGCGCUGUGGCUGCUCUUCACAUGGUGCACUGCUUUCACCUUGCUGGUUUCCCGGAGGGCCUCAUCAGCUGUAUCACCGGCAAAGGUUCAGAAAUCGGUGAUUUCCUAACAAUGCACCCUGGAGUAAAUUGCAUCAGCUUCACAGGAGGCGAUACCGGCAUUGCCAUCUCAAAGAAAGCCGGAAUGAUCCCUCUGCAAAUGGAGCUCGGUGGGAAGGACGCGUGCAUUGUGCUCGACGAUGCUGAUCUUGAAUUGGUUGCUUCAAACAUUGUCAAAGGAGGCUACUCUUACAGUGGACAAAGAUGCACGGCCGUUAAGGUUGUUCUGGUCAUGGAAUCAGUAGCCGAUGCCAUCGUCGAGAAGGUGAAAGCUAAAAUGGCAAAGCUGAGUGUCGGUCCGCCGGAGGAAAACUGUGACAUCACUCCUGUGGUAUCGGAAUCAUCUGCAAACUUCAUAGAAGGUCUGGUUCUGGAUGCCAAGGAGAAAGGAGCCACCUUCUGCCAGGAAUACAAGAGGGAGGGCAAUCUCAUCUGGCCGUUGCUGUUGGAUCAUGUCCGGCCGGACAUGAGGAUUGCCUGGGAGGAGCCCUUCGGACCCGUCUUGCCGGUGAUCAGGGUCAGCUCCGUCGAAGAAGCUAUCCACCACUGCAACGCCAGCAACUUUGGCCUCCAGGGAUGUGUCUUCACAAAAGAUAUCAAUAAGGCGAUAAUGAUCAGCGAUGCAAUGGAAUCAGGAACCAUUCAGAUAAAUUCAGCGCCGGCUCGAGGGCCUGAUCAUUUCCCCUUCCAGGGUCUGAAAGACAGUGGCAUUGGCUCGCAAGGGAUAACCAACAGCAUCAAUAUGAUGACGAAGAUCAAAAGCACCGUGAUCAACCUACCAUCUCCAUCUUACACUAUGGGUUGAAAUUUAAUGCUAUAAGUUUAUACGUUUUAAGCUCUUGUAUCAAGCUGUAAUAAUAAAAUCAGAAAGGAGAAGGGUUGCCGUGUACUCCUGGCACAUUAUCAUUUAGUGAAUAAUAUUUGAAAAAUAUUUAUCUGUUA